AUGAUGGAUUUUGAUGAGCGUGGUCCCUGCUCCUCUAACAUGUAUUUGCCAAGUUGUACUUACUACGUCUCCGGUCCAGAUUUCUCCAGCCUCCCUUCUUUUUUGCCCCAGACCCCGUCUUCGCGCCCAAUGACAUACUCCUACUCCUCCAACCUGCCCCAGGUCCAACCCGUGCGCGAAGUGACCUUCAGAGAGUACGCCAUUGAGCCCGCCACUAAAUGGCACCCCCGCGGCAAUCUGGCCCACUGCUACUCCGCGGAGGAGCUCGUGCACAGAGACUGUCUGCAGGCGCCCAGCGCAGCCGGCGUGCCUGGCGACGUGCUGGCCAAGAGCUCGGCCAACGUCUACCACCACCCCACCCCCGCCGUCUCGUCCAAUUUCUAUAGCACGGUGGGCAGGAACGGCGUUCUGCCACAGGCGUUUGACCAGUUUUUCGAGACGGCCUACGGCACCCCGGAAAACCUCGCCUCCUCCGACUACCCCGGGGACAAGAGCGCCGAGAAAGGGCCACCAGCGGCAGCUGCGACCUCCGCUGCGGCGGUGGCUGCGGCGGCCACGGGCGCGCCGGCAACUUCAAGUUCGGACGGCGGCGGCGGCGGCUGUCGGGAGGCGGCGGUGGAGGAGAAGGAGCGGCGGCGGCGACCCGAGAGCAGCAGCAGCCCCGAGUCGUCUUCCGGCCACACUGAGGACAAGGCCGGCAGCUCCGGUGGCCAACGCACCCGCAAAAAGCGAUGCCCUUACACCAAGUAUCAGAUCCGAGAGCUGGAGCGAGAGUUUUUCUUCAGCGUCUACAUCAACAAAGAGAAGCGCCUGCAAUUGUCCCGCAUGCUCAACCUCACCGAUCGUCAAGUCAAAAUCUGGUUUCAGAACAGAAGAAUGAAGGAAAAAAAGAUUAACAGAGACCGGUUACAAUACUACUCGGCUAAUCCACUUCUCUAAGGCUCCAGCCUCCUGGAAUUGGGAGAGGGGCUUCAUACACGUGAAAUAAUAUGCAGAUUUUGCCCUUGACAAGGUCAAGCCACACAGUGACUUGGAAAAGGGGGGGGAUGAUUAGGAGAGAGGGGGAGGCUUCCCCUGCAGAGAUAGCCCAAUAGGAAGGGGCCUGAAAAACUCUUGGUUCAGAUCUCAAUGGUUAAGCUUCCUAUUAAUAAUUGGAUUCUAAGAGUUGUGAAGCAACAGGAUAAAUGGUUUGGGACCCCUGGUGGUUCGCUCUUAGAGCCUGCAAAAGCUUUGGGCUGGGUGUGGUCACUGGGGAUUGGGCCCCCUGCCAAACCCCUUGGAGGCCACCCCUUCAGGACCCUCUGAAUAGAGCCUGCCCACCCCCAGGACUCCUAAGUCAAGA